AAUACGAUAGCAAUCAUACCGUUUGCCACAUACGUGGCGGGACUCGUCUGUUCAUUCGGCGCCAAACCCAUGUCCGCCCGACUCGGCUCACGAUGGGUACUGAUAUUAGGGGCGGCUUUUGGUAUAUCGACGUGUGUCUGGAUAUUCAUCGGCGCCGACGGCCAGUCAUACAAAACGUGGCAAAUAUACGGUGUGUCGGCGUUUGUGGGCAUUGGGGGCACAGCUCUGCUCAUAUCGAGUCUGGCCCUCACCAGCGAUCUCAUCGGCUCUAACACUUCUACGGGCGCGUUUGUUUUUGCCGCGAUGAGUUUUUUCGACAAAUCGGUUAAUGGUAUUGUCAUCGCACUGUUGGAGCAUUUUAAUCCUAAAGACAUUGAGCCUGGUCAAUCGGUCAACUUCUAUAGGUUGAUAUUGAUUUUUAUCACGGGCACUUCGUCGGUGGUAAUACUGUUGGGUUUAUUGACAAUUAUGCGCACCCGAUCCCAAGACAUGGCCGACGAGGAGCCGACACCACAACCACUAAACCAACCACUGAAUACCGGUGCCAAUGAGGGCGCCGACGACACACCGCAACCGGACUCAAUGGACAGGUUUGGCGACGAGUUGUGUGAAGUGCUGUUGAGUCGUCUGCCACUCGAGGACCGAUUCCGGUGCGAAACGGUGUCCAAACGGUUCCAGCGGACAGUCUUCGCGAGUGUGAAGUGUGCGGCGAUCGACGACCAGCUCAUCAGUCGUGUCCAUCGGCGCGGAGUGGGCGUCACUGUCGCCCAAUCGGUUGCCAUCAUUGGCCGCAAGUGUCCCAACAUUGAGCGCAUUGACACGCGUGGGAUGCGGGCGUUCAACGACGCGGUGCCCGCAGUGUUGGCCACACUUUGCGACAGUUGCCACGAUUUGCCGGACAUUUACUGCAAUUUGCGGCCAAUGAGUGGCGACGCCGGCGGCCAAUGGAUAGCGCCGUUCGCGUCGCUCAUCACACGUGUCGGCGAUUUGCAGCCAUCGGUCGCCCAUUGGCUCCGGCAGUGCCCGCGAGUGACCCACUUGACAGCGCCGGACGUCCAGCACCUGUUCGACGGCCCGGCGGCCACCGACCAACUGUUGGCCACAAACCUGCGCCACUUGGGUCUCGCCUACCGGCGCGUCGGCGACAACGACCGGUUGGGCCGCAUCGGCGCCGGCAAUCCAGGCCUACUCUCCGUCCGGCUGUCGAUCGGCGCGAUGGCCGACACCGAUAUGAUGGUCGGCCUCACCGGACUGUUUGUGCCGAUACGGGCGUCGCUCCGGCGGCUGGACGUCACGCUCGCCGCCGACUUACAGACACACCGGUCGCUGAAGUCGGCGUUGGCGCCGGUGGCCGUCAAUUGCCACCAAUUGGUGCGGCUGUCGGCGCGCAUGACUGCCCCGGAGCCGGACAUCGCGCUAGUGUUGGCCUCACCAGAGGUUCGGCACAUUUUCGGCGCCCAUCCGAUACGGCCCGCGCUGUUAGAGCCGGUCGAUUGGCGCGUAUUCGCACCGCUCGUCCGGUGCCCGGCGUUGGCCCACAUCUCGCUGGACGGCUGCCACCCGCGCGCCAAUUGGUUCCGCAACUGCGCCCAACACUGGCCGGCAGUGCGAACGCUGGCCGUACGUGAGACGCGCCGUACGAUCGACACCAACGGUUUGGCGGACAUCGCGGCGAUGCCACUGCUCCGGGAGCUGACCAUUGAGGACAUCGGCGGUGAUGUGUUGGUCAGGGAGUUGGCCGUCGAGGGUCUGUUUGCCCGCAACCCUAAACUGGCGGCGAUUGCCUGGCGUGCAGAUGGCGUGACCAGGAUUUUUGCUCGGCCCUAA